AUGGACUACAAGGAUAGCGAAGAGCAAUUGAUCGAGACAAUCGAAGGAACUCAAAGCUACAAGCUAGAAUAUGGACCCUUACCACGAGACACUUUCAGAAGUAAACUAUCGUGGGAACUUAAAUUUCGGAAAUCGAGCUAUGUAAUUCUUUUGCUGACAAUCAUAGCAUAUGGUUCGCUCGUUCAGCUUUGCUUUUGGAAAGAUAUAGCUCUUGGAGUCUCAAUUGCAUUCAUGGGUAUUUUCCUCUUUAUUGUGCCAAUGAUAUCUUUUCUUACAUCAUCUUUCAAAGGGUGGAACGACAAAAGCGUGCGUAGCUGGAUGGUAGAGAUAAUAAAUGUCAACCCUGGGGAUGACAUGGACAAGUGGGAUUUGAUUGCUGCUAAAAUGAACACUAUUCUUUAUGAAAAUGACGAAAGAGCCACAAGGUACUUUUUCUACGACGGGAAACAAUGCCUAUCGAGAUUUAUCAAUAGAUUCGUCACACUACAUCUGAAAAACGCUUUAGAGUCACCUCCCUGUCUCGUGCCCUUUAUCAAAACUGCUGCGGAUCAAUACAUGGAGCAUUUCAAUGAGCAAUUGCGGAAAAUGACAUUAGGCAGCUCUGCUGAUCGCACCGAAGUUGCCACCCAGAACGAGACAGUUUGA